GCAACCUUGCCAAUGUACAAGUUUCACAUGGGAAAGAAACCCAUACACAAAGGAGAAGUUGAAUUUAAAAAACAACCUAUAUACUUUAUUGUGGGAGGGAGGGUAGUAAUUCUAGGCACUGAGAAAGUGGGGUAUACACACUUUCUCUAUUAGUUUAUUUAAUUCUUGGAUUGUAAUGAAUAUGGCGGGGGAGGGGGUCUAUGAAUACCUGAAACGGGUUGCUUGUCAUGAACGAAUAGAUUAUGUAGAACCGGAUUAACCCGAAGGGUCAAAUUUUUCCCCUGAUUUUCGUUUAAUUUCGUAUUCAUGCAACAUUCAAAAUAUGAAGGUAUUACACAAAAACAGAUUGUCAAAAAUAAAAAAUUAUAUCAAGACAAAAUGAGAGAACUUCUCGGCCGGUAGAAGUAUCAAGAAUCUGUACACAUUUAAAAAUGAGUUCAUCAUCAUGGAAUGAUUUUUGGAAGUUUGCUAUAUCGUUGGCAGCCACAGCUGUAGUUGUCAAACAAGUGUAUGAACUUACAAGCGGGUCGGAUCAAAAAUUGUCGAGUCUCCCACCUCGAAGUCGUGGGGUCACACUGCUUAUUGGGAACACUCCACUUGUAGAAAUUAAAUCACUUUCCAAAUUGACUGGAUGUAGAAUAUAUGCCAAAUUAGAACUUCAAAACCCAGCUGGUAGUGCCAAGGAUCGUGUGGCCUUGGCUAUCAUAAGAGAAUAUGAACGUCAGGGGAAACUUCGGCCCGGACAUAACGAUGUGAUCUUGGAAGGUACUUCAGGAUCUACCGGGAUUUCGUUUGCCGUAUUGGCAAAUUCUUUGGGUUAUACUGCGCAUAUAUGUCUUCCUGAUGACACUGCUGAGGAGAAACUUCAACUCUUACGCUCCCUUGGAGCUGUGUUGGAACCAGUCAAACCUGCACCCAUUGUAGAUCCGGGCCAAUAUGUCAACAUUGCGAAAAGGAGGGCACAAGAAAUUUCAGAUGAUCCAUUAGAUGAUAGACAAGCAGUCUUUGCUGAUCAAUUCGAAACUGAUGUUAAUUGGAGGAUCCAUUAUACCACCACAGGUCCUGAGAUUUAUCAACAAAUGGAUGGUCAAGUGGAUGUGUUCAUUAAUGGGUCUGGUACUGGAGGAACCAUAGCAGGGGUAUCUACAUAUCUCAAGGAAAGAAUUCCAUCGGUUCGUACUGUCUUGGCUGACCCUCAAGGGUCUGGCUUAGCAAACCGUGUCAAUUAUGGAGUCAUGUAUGACACGGUGGAGAAGGAGGGUACUAGAAGAAGACACCAAGUGGACACAAUGGUUGAAGGGAUUGGACUCAAUCGUCUUACUUGGAACUUCAAACAAGGAGAACACAAUAUCGAUGAAGCGAUCAGAGUCACCGAUGAACAAGCAUUGAAAAUGGCGAAAUAUCUUUGUAUUAAUGAUGGGUUUUUCUGGGGUUCUUCUGCUGCCAUCAAUUGUGUAGCUGCAGUGAAAACCGCCUACAAAUAUGGACCGGGACAAAAGAUUGUGGUUGUUGCUUGUGACUCGGGGGCAAGACACCUUUCAAAGUUUUGGAAAAAGGCUGCUACUUACUCUAGUGACUUGACUUUGGAUGAAGUAUUAGAAUAGAUAUCAUUUGGGGGAGGUUAUGUAUAUAUGGAUCAAUAUAGAUUAAUGGAGG